AUGGCAAUAAAAUAUUAUAAAAAAGCUAUAAAUAUUGAGCUUGAAUAUGAUGAAUUUGAUACAAGUCCAAGUUUAGCAAUGACAUAUAGUGUAUUAGGAGAAAUAUAUUUUGAAAAAGAUGAUUUAACAAAUACUUUAAUUAAUUUGAAUAAGGCUUCAGAAAUUGGUAAUAAUUCAACUCUAUUCACAUUAUCUAAUCUCAUUAAAGUUUAUAUAAAAAAAGAGCAUUAUACAAGUGCAUUAAUCUAUAUUCAUUAA